AUGAAGUUUGCGACUCGGCUCAUUGUGGCCCUGGGGCUUUUGUUGGCCCCUGUACUGGCAGCCCCGAUUGCUGUCGAAGGUGCCAACACGGAAAUUCAACAGCGAGACGGCUCCAGCGAGUUCGACACUGAUCUCUGCGUUCUCAAGAAGAGGGAAGCGGCUAAGCGGGGAGAUGUCCUGGGCAUUGGUAUCGACAACUGCGACAUGUGA